AAGGGCCACUCACUCAGUCACUCCUCACUCCCUUCAUCUUUUUUGUGCACCUCCAGUUCGCCCCUUCCUCCUUCCUGUAUGGUGGAUAUUAUUUUCAGCUCUUCUUUCUUGGGUGAUAUGGGGGAUCAUUCCAAAAAGAAGCCAGGAUUCGCCAUGUGUGUGGGAUGCGGAAGCCAGAUCCACGACCAGUACAUCCUGAGAGUCUCCCCGGACCUCGAGUGGCACGCAGCCUGCCUCAAGUGUGCCGAGUGCAGCCAGUACCUGGACGAGAGCUGCACUUGCUUUGUGCGGGACGGCAAGACCUACUGCAAGAGAGACUACGUCAGGUUGUUCGGCAUCAAGUGCGCAAAGUGCAACCUGGGCUUCAGUAGCAGCGACCUGGUGAUGAGGGCCCGGGACAACGUUUACCACAUUGAGUGCUUCCGCUGCUCGGUGUGCAGCCGCCAGCUGCUGCCCGGCGACGAGUUCUCCUUGCGGGAGGACGAGCUCCUCUGCCGGGCCGACCACAGCCUGCUGCUGGACAGAGGCUCAGCCGGAAGCCCCGUCAGCCCCUCACACAACAUGCACUCCAACAGAGCGAUGCACCUGGCAGAGCCCGUGACGGUGCGGCAGGCCCCGCAUCGCAACCACGUGCACAAGCAGUCGGAGAAGACGACGCGGGUGCGCACAGUGCUGAACGAGAAGCAGUUGCACACACUGCGGACUUGCUACAAUGCGAACCCGCGGCCCGACGCGCUCAUGAAGGAGCAGCUGGUGGAGAUGACCGGCCUGAGCCCCAGAGUCAUCCGCGUGUGGUUCCAGAACAAGCGGUGCAAGGACAAGAAGAAGUCGAUUCUCAUCAAGCAGCUUCAACAGCAACACAGUGAUAAGACUGUAAGCAUCUUCAACCUGCAGGGCCUGACGGGAACGCCCCUGGUGGCCGGAAGUCCCAUUCGACACGAGAGUACAGUGCAAGGCAACCCGGUGGAGGUCCAAACGUACCAGCCGCCUUGGAAGGCCCUCAGCGAGUUUGCCCUGCAGAGUGACCUGGACCAGCCUGCCUUCCAACAACUGGUGUCUUUCUCCGAGUCUGGCUCUCUGGGCAACUCGUCAGGAAGUGACGUCACAUCCUUAUCCUCUCAGUUACCGGACACCCCCAACAGUAUGGUACCGAGCCCGGUGGAGACGUGAAACCUGUGUCCUCCGCCAAGGCACCCGCCCCCUGCAAAUGUUGCAGCAUGAAAUCCUCCUACUUAAUUCCCUUUUGCAUGUGGGCAGCUCAUCACAUCGACCAUAAAAGAAAAAAACAAGGAUUAGUCUUUUUUUUUUUUGAUUCCCAAUCAUGGAGAGGAAGAUGGACGACAAAGCUGGCGAUGUUGCAUGAAGAAAGAAAGAUGUACAGAACCUUUGGAUGUGGAUAUAACCUCCAUGAUGAGACUUGAAUACCAUGGAAACACUUCAUGGACUUCCGUCACCUUUCAUUGUGAUCUUUUUGUGUCAUCUUGUUUCCUCGAUGUCAUCUUUUUGUUUUUUUAUACGUUGGACUCUUUGUCUUAAACGCUGAGCAUGAACAAUAAGGAAAAAAAAAUGCAAUUUAUCGGUGUUGUAAAAUACAAGCUUGUUUGAGCUCCUCGAACAAACAGAAGAAUUAAAUUAUUGUUAUAUUAUUUAUUGUUUGAAGGGCGAUUCGUAAAGGGAAUAUUAACUGAUCUAAAUAAUAAUAAUAAUAAAAGCUGAAUACACAAGUAUGUGUCGGUGCAGCUUUUAUUUGAUUUGUAUUUUUUGUUUAAAUUAAACAUUAUUUAAAAAUUA